AUCAAGUAGUUCAUCUUUUACAACCCACAACGUUAAUAUUUUUCGUUUUAUACAAGAGUUUAUUAAAAAAUAAUGCAUCUCCGUGUUAAUUAUUGAGUUUUAAACAGUUCCAAGAUAUCGGUUAGACUAAAAUAAAAUGUUGAAAUGAUGAGAUUGGACGACUUAGUGAAGCUGAUCAAAAUGCGUCUCAGGCUGAAAAAUAUUCUGACUGUAGUGGUUUUUUUUGGAAUCUGGAAAAUAUUCAUUUUAGUAGUUCGGGAUGUUCAUACAACUAAAAAUAAAAAAGGGGGUGUUCAGCUCAGGCUACAAGAGGAUGACAAUGUGGACUCCUUGGACUUGAAGCUGGACAAGUAUGAGAGCGCGGAUAGAAUACUUCACUCAAAGAAGAACUCAUACAAGGAAUACAAGGAAAUCAAUGAGGAGUAUAAUGAUGAAGUGUUCAUAUCUGAUGAUGAACAGAAGAAUAAAGAUCUGAAUGAAGUGUUAACGAAGACCGAGGAAGAAUUCGUGAACAUUCCUUUACAUCAAAAUUUCCCCGAUAGUGGAAUAAUUAAUAAUUUAGUGGCAGUCAAUGCACCAAAGGCAAAGUAUGCACGAAAACGAGCAGAUAACCUUGUCUUGGAGGAUGGGGAAGGUAUUGAUCAGCUUAUAGAAGGACCAGGACAGAAGCUGGGACAUGAUGAAGUAAGUUUACUAAAGAAUACAAAUGAAACAGAUUCAGCAUUGAGAAAUCAGAAGGCAGGGAGACAGAAGAUUAACCAGGUUGUGGAGAAAUCAGUUCUAGAAAUGAAAGCCGAACUUGCAAAUUUUGUAAGAAAAGCGAAAAUAGAUGAAAUUGGAUAAAUUUAGAAAAAGGAAGCAAAGAGCUGAAAGAAAGAAAAAAGACAGCAAAGAAUAAAGGUUUUUAACCUUCUUUAUCGUGAGAAGAAGAAAUUUAAAACAUUUUAAAAAACAAUACCAAAUUUAAAAGUGUGUUAGAUUUUUUGGAUUUUUUUUUCAUUUUUGAGAGUUUUGCUAUUUGAUGAUCUCAUCUAUAUUUUCCCCUUAGUUACGUUAACAUAGAAUAGCGUGACUAACUAAGGUACAACUAUGUGAUAUGUAAAUUCUAUGUGAUUGAAAAUGUGUCAACUGAAAAAUUUUUCGUUGCUCUUUUUAUAGAUAACUGAGACUAUUUGGUCUUGACAGUAAGACCCAUAAAACUGUAAAAUAGGAAGACGACAUCUUAACAAUUUUUGUGUAUUUGAUGUAGUUUUUAAGCAAAUGGUUUUACCACUAGCAUGCAAAUUAACUUGUUAAAAUAAAUGGGUCUGUAAAGAACAAAUCCAUUGUUUCAUGUUUAUUGGACUAUUUAACAUCAUAUCUUGAGUCUAACAGUCGUAUUCGUAUUCCACAGCUCUAACGGUAAAACAAUGUAAAAUUAAUUUUAAAGAUGUAUAUUUACGCGGCUGACGCAAUAAAAGUAAUUUUACGAUAA